UUGGCUGCUGUCUCUGUGGGCGGGGCCGCGCUGUUAUAAGUGCGGGGUCUGGGGGUUCCGGGCACUGUUGGUGCGAAGCUCCGUGCUUUCCUGCCGUUCCGUCCGGCCCGGCCAUGUCUGACCCGGCUCAGCAGCCCGCUCCCGGCGCUCCCGAAGGAGGGGCUCCCGAAGGAGGCGCUCCCGAGGGGGCAGCCCCCGGUGGGGGUCCCCCCGGGGCUCCCCCCAACCUGACCAGCAAUCGCCGCCUGCAGCAGACGCAGGCACAAGUGCAGGAGGUGGUUGAUAUAAUGUGUGUGAACGUAGACAAGGUGCUGCAGCGAGACGAGAAGCUGUCCGAGCUGGAUGACCGGGCAGACGCGCUGCAGGCCGGCGCCUCAGUGUUCGAGAGCAGCGCAGCCAAACUCAAAAGGAAGUACUGGUGGAAGAACUGCAAGAUGAUGAUCAUGAUGGGAGUGAUUGGUGCCCUUGUGGUGGUGGUGAUUGCAAUCUACUUUUUUACUUAAAUGUAGCUCCUUCAGUCUGCAACCUCCUGUCCCCUAUUACCUUGCCUGUCUCUCCUUGCCUCUGAGUUUUUCCUUUCCUUCCCUUUCACCUAGCUUCCUCAUUGAUUUCCUUAUUGGUUUUAAUUUAUCUUCUGUAUAGGACUCUGAGCUGCUUACUAAACAUAGGUAGCCUUUUCAAUAGCUGCUGCAGCUUUAGGGAGCAUCCUCUAAGUUUAGAGGAAAGGGAAGCUGAGGAAGAGUGGGUAGCCACUUGCUCCUGCUCUUCUGCAGAGAACUUUUUGUGUUUAUUUUUGGGUGUAAGCUUGUCAAAUAGUGCCUGUGUGAACUCUAGCAAAAUAAGAAUGCCUUAACACAGUGCCUUUUGGGAUGAAGGACUGCAGCAUGUGAGAGCCUCUAGUGUUCUGCCUAAAAAGAGUGGCAGCAUGACUUGAGCUUUUCAUUGAGCUUCUGAAAUAAAAGCUAGUUUGUGUUGGCCAGUGGCUGUGAGCCAUUUAAGGUACACCUAGUGAUGCAGGUUUCUCUAGCCAUGGAGGGGUGAGCACUCGAAGAAAUUAUUUAUUCUGCCUGAACAUGGCCAUUUCAGUUUUUAUAAAGGAGGGCCCACAUGAUUACCUCAGUCAAGUGCAACAUGCUAAACACAGUUCAGUGAAAGGGGCAUUGCUGCCAUCUAAAAGGCAUGUGUGGGAGUAAAGCCUCUCUCCACAAGGAACAAAUGAACAACAAUUAGUCAAAUAUGCCUUUCAUCUAUGCACACACAAGCCAGGACCCUGUAGCUUCCUACUGUCUUGUAGCUUUCCAGAAGGAAGACUUUGGAGCAGUGGCAGAAUGGGAAUUGGUGUUUUGCUUUUGUGUGACUGGGUUGAAGGUCGAGGAAGCUCCCUGCCACAGCAGAUAGAGGUGAAGGGGGCUGGAGGUAUUCCAGAUGAACCUGAAUGAGCUGCACGGCUUUCUGAUUAAGAAUAUCUGCUCUGUUUCUCCUGCCACAAAGCCCUAACUUUCAGCAGGAGUUAGAAAACAAUUGAAAUAGUUAGCUGGGGAUUCAAAGGGAAAUGGUGCUCUGGGCAUGGGUAUUGCACAGUGGCAUCAGAUGUCCCAGUCUGGCAACUUACGCCUCCAGAGAUCUUGCUGAUCAAACUGAAUGCUCCUACUUGCUGUGGGUUCUCUUGAAUUUAGGUCCAGGGUGGUUUCUGAUGGAAGUAAACUUGUGGCUGUGGCUUUCUGUGAGUGAUUCCCUUGUUCUUGUCCAUCAAAAGUAACGAGCGGUGAGUUGUUUGAAUGGUUGUCAGACAUGGGUUAAAUGAGCUGCCCUGUUUCUGUAGAGUCUUCUGAGGAAUGUGUAUCUUGUCUUUUAACUUUUUUUUUUAACAAUCUGAGUUGUAGCCUGUAACCUAGACUGGAAAGAGGGUGCUCCUUUAGUUUAGAAAGCUCUGCCUCUGUUCUGGAAUACACUGGGAUCUGUUUAGGCAGGGAGGACAUCACUGGAGUUCCCAGAUAGGAGCAAAGUACAAAAGAUGGGAGGAGCAGAUGCUUUUUGUUUCACUGGAUGUGCUGGGGAAGGAAGCCCCUUUCUGCCUCCCAGGACACCUGGCAAGGGGCUAGGUUUUGCAUGCUCACUUCCACGCCCCAGCAUUUUCAUUUGAGUUCAUCUCCCUGCAAUUCCAUUCCUCUCCACCUUGGGGGAGGGCAGAGAUGAAGAUCUGGAGUGAAGCAGCCCUCGUCCCCUGAGCACUUCCCUAAUUCCCUGGAGCUGAGAUGGGAUGGACGGUCAGAAGUGCAUCUGCUGAAGAGGAGCCAGGGCCUGCUUGUGCCACCUCCUGCUCUCAUUUUAGGGGGUAGCCUUUUACAAGCUUGAGGCCCCCAGACCAGCAAUUCUCUUGAACUCUUCUAAACAAGCCUUUGGUGCCCCAUUCCUCCUGUCUCUCUGGGAGCUGAGGUCCCCCUAGGCUGUCUCUUUCAUUUUUUUCUCUCAGAUGUUGUAUGUUGCCUCCUCCUCUGCUCCCUUUCCCCUCCUUUGUGUCUCUGUGCAUGGGCAAAACAAAUCACCAAGGCCCUCUUAGUAAAAGCAAGGGACUCUGCUGCCCACAGCAUCACAGCCACUCAUGCACGUGCAGUUUAUUUACUUCUCUAUAAAUACAACUGUAAUCUCCUCUGGCAUGUUCUAGAAAUCAGCUCAUGUACUUUUAAUGGUCUCUAAGAAACACAAUUCACCACCUUA